AUGGGGUGUGGAAAUUCUAAAACGCUGAGUCGCAGACGUCUCAUUAAAUUGAUUAACCGUAAAGACGCCGUUGACUUUAUUUGUGAAGAGCACGAAAACAUCAUGAAGAUUGAGACACCAGGAACUUGCGACGAAUCUACAGUUGCUGAAAACGAUGAGCCAAGCAGAUACGCUGACACAGCGCACCUUUGUCAUACCAUGACUCUUCCAGGAGAAAGCUCUGAAUAUAAAAAUGCUAGCUAUAUAGACGGCUACCGACACCCUAAGAAGUACAUCACGUGUCCGGCACCGUUAAAAAAUACCCGCUCUGAAUUCUGGAAGAUGGUAUGGAAUCAUAAAAGCCAGAUCAUCGUUAUGUUGUGCAACACCAUUGAAAAUGGCCAAACCCAGUGCUAUCGUUAUUGGAUCCCAAUUGAAGGAGUAGCACUGCGAUGUGGUGAACUCGAGAUUAAGACAGUCAAGAUUAGUUCGACACGUCGGGACUACACAAUAACGGAACUUAUGGUGACAGGUGACGAUGGUGGCAACUUGAAAGUCACUCACUUCUGGUACGAACAAUGGCAAGAACAUGAUCUAUCUCCUGACGAAUUGGUGUUCACUGACUUGUUAGUAAUGACAAAGGUUUAUCAAUUAGGCAUCGACGCACGUUCCAGCUCGAUAGUGGUUCACUGCAACAAUGGACUAGAAAGAUCCAUGGCGUUUUGUGCCGUAGAUAUCUGUUUGACACGAUUAGAAAAAACUGGAAAGCUCAAUAAUUUCGUCGGUAUUGAAGAAAUUAACGGUAAAACCAGAUCCCACUAUUUGUCUAGUAAAGUCCGCUGA